AUGUCUGAGAGCCAUCAGCAGACCCCCUCCAGCAGUGACUAUAAUCGCACACCUUCUCUAAGCCACUCAGACCCUGAGUUCACACUCCUUAAAAGGCUCCCCCGCUGUCCCCACUCCCCUGAGGCUCAGAGCACCCGUCCCUGCUGUUUCCUCUCCAGAGCGUACCAACACCUCUGGGACUCCUCCCACGUGGCCCUGCAAGAGCUGCUGGACCAAGAGCAGCCCCUGCUCCAACCCGUGCCCAACCGGGAGCGGCAGUCCUUCCAGCACAGGCUCACUUCGCUCUACCUGGGCUACCUGGGGCUGCUGCGCCAGUUCGACACUCUCUAUGAUCAAAUGGUGCAGCCGCAGAAGCGGCGCCUGCUGCGGCGCCUGCUGGACAGUGUGGCGGGCCGAGUGCUGGAGCUCAAGGACGAACUGGUGCGUGCAGACCUGUGCGAGACCCACUGUCUGGACCGCGUGCUGCAGGACCUCAAGCUCACCCCGGCAGACCUGGAGGUUCCGAUCCCCAGAUACUUCCUGCUGGAGCAGUCCGACAUUCUGAGGGAGCGAGGGCUGCUGCUGGCAGAGGUCCUGUCCCGAGUGCAGCCAGGGCCCUCUGAGGAGAGAUUUCCAGAAAUGCACCAGACUGAGGCUAUCAUCCUACUACAAAGAGCCGAGCGGGCCAGGCAAGGCCGGCUCCGAGCCACCUUCAUGCGAGAGACCCAGAAAGAGGAGGAGCAGGACUGGAAGAUCCAGGAGGGUGGGCAGCACACAUUCAGUCGGGAUGAAGCAGCUGUCACCAUGCAGAAGGUAUGGAGAGGUUACCUGCAGAGGAAACGCACUAUGCAGGACCGGCGAACAGAGAUGGAGUUCAUUGGCAUGGCAUGCCCGUCGUUCCGUGCGGGUGUGCGCAGGGCCUCGUGUGCUGGCGUGUUGAGGAAUGGGGAUAGGAGCAGGUGUGUGUGCCUGGGGCCAAGGCUGGGUCCUCCCCACGCCCACUCUUGGCCUCCUCCUCCACAUCCCCAGCUCCCCCGGCCCAAGCAGGUGGAGUGUUUGGGUAUCAUGUCCCAGUCCUGCUUCAGGGAGGAUGUCUGGAGGCUCCGCCAGCUAGAAGAGGAGGAGGAGUUCCAGUUGGCCAUAGUGAAGACCGACGAUUCUCUCAAAGAGACGGAAGGGCCAGACAUGAAGGAGAAAAUGAAGGAGCAGAUCCGACAAUGGUUUAUUGAGUGCCAUGCCCUUACUGGUCGAUUCCCUGAUUAUCCAGAUGAGUCUUUAGGUGGAUCCUACCUGAUCUUUGCAGACAAGACUCCAGAACAGGUGAAAAUGGAACUGGAGAUGCAGGUCCAGGAGAGCAAAAAGAAGGACCAAGAGAAAAAUAAGGAAAAAGGAAAGGAGAAAAAAGAGAAGAAGAAAGGGAAGGAAGGAAAUACCAGGAAGUUGGAAGCGGAUACAAUGCUGAAAGUAUUGCCAUCCAAAUUUAUACCUGGGAUGAAUGCUGGGCACGAGGAAUACAUAAAUGUGUGGAAGAGCCAGUGUGAGAGCAUACACCCCAAGCAGAGUUUUGACUCUGAGAUCCUCCGGGGACAGAGGAGGAAGGAGGUGGAGAGGGAGAUGCGGAUGCAGGUGGACGAGCUGAUGCGUCAGGAGCUGAAGAACCUGCGCCUGGUUGUGGACAAGGAGGAGGGGAGACCCUUGAAGUCUCCGAAGAAAAAGGCUGGGAAGAAAACCGGCAGGAAGAAAAAGGAAAAAGAUCUGACCCUAAACAGGUCCGUGGACUCACUGUUUGAAGAGCUCAUCAUCUUUGGCUUUGUAAAGAAGAGUGAGCCAGUGGCAUUGAAAGACUACGUUGGUGACUGCCUCUAUCUUGGAUCUACAUUAAAUUUGGCAAAUAAGCUGCCUAUGCCUUCCCUGUUUGACAUACGACAGAACGUGGCCUUGUAUGGGGUCCUCCGACUUGGCUCCCCAGAUAUACACUCCAUGGCUCCCCUCAUCCGCUCCAUCCUCCUUGUGGGCCCCUCCGGCAUGGGCAAGAAGAUGCUGGUCAAGGCUGUGUGUACAGAGACAGGUGCCAACCUGUUCGACCUGUCGCCUGGCAACCUGCAGGGCAAAUACUCCGGCAGAGCUGGGGCACAGAUGGUGGUGCAUAUAGUCUUCAAGGUGGCUCGACUCCUGCAGCCCUCCGUAAUCUGGAUCGGGAAUGCUGAGAAGAAUUUCUAUAAGAGGGUUCCAAAAGAGGAGGAGGAGAUGGACCCAAAGCGAAUAAGGAAGGACCUCACGAAGGCCCUGCGACUGCUGAAUCCUGGAGACCGCGUGAUGCUCAUAGGGACAACUGACCGGCCGCAGCUGGCUGACAUAAAGGGGCUGUGCCGGACCUACGAGCGGAUCCUCUUCAUGCCGCGGCCUGAUCAUGCCUCUCGCUACGUGCUCUGGAAGCAUAUGAUAGAGGCCCAGGGAGCCCAGGUGACCCAGAGGCUGGAUAUCAGUGCCCUGGCCAAGGUGUCUGAUGGCUACACACCUGGUCACAUUCUCCAAGCCAUCCAAUCCGUGCUGACUGAGCGGCGGCUCCUGGAGUUGCACAAGCGGCCCCUAGUGGCCUCCGAGUUCCUGGGGCACCUGGCAAAGCUGGAGCCGGUGCACAGGGAGGAGGAGGAGUCCCUGAAGGAUUGGUACUCCAAGACCCCACUGGGCAAGAAGAGGAUGAAACUUAUCAAGGACCAGGACACCGAGGAAGCCAAGCUGGCAAAGGAGAAGACGAAAAGGAAGUGAUGGCGGAGGCCAGGGGUCCAGAGCUUAAGGGUGGGACCACGGGCCAAGGCAUAAAUGCCCAGACAGCUUGGGGACCAGAUCUCGUGUCCUCUCUCUGCUUCCCGCCCCUUCUUCUGUGUUCUCUGCCACACCCAGCAUCCCCUUGGCACCCUAUGCCCUCCUGGCCCUCACCCGCUCCCAGCCACUCCGCUCUGGCUCCAGAUCCCUGUCCUCUGACCCCACUAGUUCUUUCCCUCCUGUCACUUUCCCUGUCCUGGCUCCCCAGCUCUCUUCCUCCUCAAGGUUUUUAAGGGAGUAAAAGAGGAAGAGAAGGAGAGAAGGAAAGAGAGAAGGGAGGAGGGUCUACAAUAAGUACAGAGGAACUAAAAAGCAAGAGUCCGGAGGCCAGGAGACCCUCGUCAGCCUUAGGCGGCACUACCUCCCUUGUGACCUUGCACGGUCCUUUCCUGCCUCUGGGCCUUGGUUUCCUUACCUGUAAAAUGAGAACAGGUUGGACCAGCCCAUCUCCAAGGCCUUGUACUCUAGGGUUUGAUUAUUCCCACAAAGGAGUCUGGGAAGUCAGGGAGGUGGGGCCCUUGGGCGGGGUAGGGCGGAGAAUGGGUCCCUGGGGGAAGGGCACGGGGACAGGGACGGGGAGGUAUCUGUGGCGAGCAGCAGGGCUGUUGGCAGACCCAGCCCCUUCUCUGAAGGGCUCUCAACUCCUCCCUCUGCAGACACCCCCCACUCCACCCACCUGCCCAAGCUCCACACUCCUUCCUCUGUCCCAGAGGGUCAGAGCCUGAGAGCUUGUCUCUGAGGGGGCUGAAUAGGACACAGCGUUCUGCCCCAGGGUGGAAGUCCAUCUGUGGGUCCCCCUGACUGGAGAGAGAAGAGCUGAGGGGGCUGGAGUGGGAAGCCGGGGAGCAGGGGACAGCCAUGCCACUGAAGGCUGGGAGCCCCAGGGUUCUCUCAGAGGAAGCAACGUAAAGAGCAUGAAUGAGGUCAAGGUGUAUUCCACAGGUUGUAAAGGCCAGUGAGAGCCAGACAGGUGAGACCUCUGGGGCUGCAGCCAGCCCAGAGCCCCUGGUGGGCAGUGGGGGUUCAGCUGAGCCCAGGGGCUGGGUGUUCAGUCUUCUUUCUCCGUCUUUCCUUUUUCUUUCCACAAUGAAAGUAAUCUCAUUAUCCUAAUGUGGCUGCGUGAGGAGAGCCACUUCUUCUCACUCUCCAGCUGAGACCUCCUCUAGCCUGGGGCAGGUAGAGAUGCCCUGGGACAUCCAGGGAUCCUCUGGGAGAUGGGGGGUCAGCACCUGCUCUGCCUGUUUCUCCCGGGCAGAGUCUGUCUCCCAGAACCCCAGAAGGCACGCCUCAUGAGUGGGGUAUUCUCUGCCAUU